AUGGCCUUGGCCCAGCGGCAAGUGGCGGUGCAGGAAGGGCCCCUCUACCGCACAGAGGGGUCCCACGUCACGCUGUGGUGCAAGGUGAGCGGCUACCAGGGCCCGGCGGAGCAGAACUUCCAGUGGUCCAUCUACUUGCCCUCGGCCCCUGAGCGGGAGGUGCAGAUCGUCAGCACUGUCGACCCCUCCUUCCCCUACGCCAUCUACACCCAGCGCGUGCGCAGCCGGGGGAUCUACGUGGAACGGGUGCAGGGGGACGCUGUCCUGCUGCACAUCACCGACCUGCAGGACCGGGAUGCCGGGGAGUACGAGUGCCACACGCCCAACACCGACGAGAGGUACUUUGGGAGUUACAGCGCCAAGAUGAACCUUGUGGUGAUCCCCGACUCGCUGCGAGUGACGGCGGUCCCGCAGACACUGAACAAAGUGGAGCGUGACUCCCUGGAGCUGAAGUGCGAGGUGUCCAAGAACACGGCCCAGCAUAGCCACGUCUCCAUUGCCUGGUACCGGCAGCGAGGCAGCGAGGCGCCCGUGGAGGUCAUCUCCCUCAGCCGCGACUUCGUCCUGCGGGCCGGCAGCGCCUACGCCCAGCGGCAAGCCACGGGGGAUGUUCGCUUGGACAAAGUGGGGGAGACCACCUCAAAGCUCACCAUCUACAACCUCCACCCAUCAGAUCAGGGCGAGUUUUACUGCGAGGCGGCAGAGUGGAUCCAGGACCCAGACAAGUCUUGGUAUGCCAUGACCCGCAAGCGUUCCCAGGGCGCCAUCGUCAACGUGCAAGCCACCGAUAAGGAGUUUAGCGUCCGGCUGGAGACAGAGAAGCGGACAUACAUUGUGGGUGAGCCGGUGGAAUUCCGGUGCAUCCUGGAGGCACAGAACAUCCCUGACCGCUACUUCUCCAUCUCCUGGGCCUUCAACAGCUCCCUCAUUGCCAGCCUGGGGCCCAACGCUGUGCCGGUGCUCAACAAUGAGUUUGCCCAGCGCGAGGCUCUGGGCCAGCUCAAGGUAGCCAAAGAAAGUGACAACAUUUUUGUGCUGAAGAUCUACCGCCUCCGUCUUGAGGACAGCGGCAAGUACAACUGCCGGGUGACUGAGCGGGAGAAGACUGUUACAGGCGACUUCAUCGACAAGGAGAGCAAGCGGCCAAAGAACAUCCCCAUCACCGUCCUGCCCCUCAAGACCAGCAUCUCCUUGGAGAUUAUCAACAACGCCAGCAAUGUCUUGGAGGGGGAGAGCCUGCGCUUUGGCUGCAACGUGCGCUCAGGCUUUGGGCCCCAAAGCCGCCUCUCCGUCACCUGGCAGCUGGUGGACAAGCUGAACCGGCGCAGCGAAAUUGUGCGUCUGGAUCGGGAGGGCACCCUGCAGCCGGGCCCCUCGUACGCCGAGCGCAGCAGCUAUGGGGGCAUCCAGGUGGAGCAGGUCCGGCCCGGCUCCUUCACCUUGGAGAUCUUCAACAGCGUCAAGGCGGACGAGGGCCACUACGAGUGCCGGGUGGCUGAGUGGACGCGGACACUGGAUGGGGAGUGGCAGAUGGUUGGGGAGCGGCACACAGGCACCCCAGUGUCCAUCACUGCUCUGGAGGCCGGCUUUGCUGUCACAGCUAUCUCCCGCACCCCCGGGGUGACCUACAACGAGUCCUUCGACCUCCAGUGCAUCAUCAAGCCCCACUACCCAUCGUGGGUACCAGUGUCGGUGACAUGGCGUUUCCAGCCGGCGGGCAGCACCGAGUUUCACGACCUGGUCACCUUCACGCGCGACGGCGGGGUCCAGUGGGGCGACAGGUAUGCAGGUUUCCGGACCCGCACCGCCAUCGAGAAGGCCGAGUCCAGCAACAACGUGCGCCUGAGCAUCAGCAGGGCGAGCGACACGGAGGCCGGCAAGUACCAGUGUGUGGCUGAGCUGUGGAGGAAGAACUACAACAGCAGUUGGACGCGGCUGGCAGACAGGACCUCCAACCUGCUGGAAAUCAGGGUCCUGCGGCCAGUGACCAAGCUGCAGGUGAGCAAGUCGAAGCGGAGCAUCACUCUGGUGGAGAACCGGCCCAUCCCUCUCAACUGCUCCGUGAAAUCCCAGACCAGCCCCGACUCGCACUUCGCCGUGCUGUGGUACGUCCACAAGCCCUCUGACGCUGAUGGCAAGCUCAUCCUGAAGACCACCCACAGCUCGGCCUUUGAGUAUGGCACCUAUGCGGAGGAGGAGGGGCUGCGAGGCCGGCUGCAGUUCGAGCGCUCGGCGUCGGGGGGGCUCUUCAGCCUGACAGUGCAGCGGGCGGAGGUCCGAGACAGCGGCAGCUACUACUGCCACGUGGAGGAGUGGCUGCUCAGCCCCAACCACGCCUGGUACAAGCUGGCAGAGGAGGUGUCGGGGCGGACAGAGGUCACUGUCAAGCAGCCAGAUAACCGCCUGCAGGUGAACCAGACCCACAAGAACAUCACGGUGCUGGAGAACCAGUGGGUGACCCUGGAGUGCCUGGUCAGCAGCCGAACCAGCCCCUCGUCCCAGCUCUCAGUGGAGUGGUACGUCUGGCGACCGGGACACCUGGAGAAGGAGGCGGUGGCCCGGCUGAGCCGGCAGAGCACCCUCCGCUACGGGGACCAGGCAGCGCUGGGCGACCUGCGGAGCCGGCUGCACCUGGAGAGCCCGUCCCUGGGACUCUACCUCCUCUCCAUCCAAAACGCCACCGUGCGGGACAGCGGGGCCUAUGACUGCCGCGUGGAGGAGUGGCUUCUCGACCCCAGCGACCGCUGGUACAAGCGGGCAGAGGACCACUCCGGACUCAUCACCCUCACUGUCAAGCAGCCAGAUCCCACCUUGCAGGUGGACACGGCCACUGCCAACCUCACGGUGCAGGAGAAGGAGUCCUUCCCGCUGGACUGCAGCAUCCUGUCCCGCUCCAGCCCAGAGUCCCACUUUGCGGUGACGUGGUACAACCUGCGGGCCAAAGAGGUGGGCGGCCAUGCGGAGGAGGAGGAGGAGGAGGAGGAGGAGAGGGAGGCGGUGCUGAGCGUGGGCCCCGAUGCCAUCUUCAGCCCCGAGGCCAGUCGCUGGGAGGGCCGCCUGCGCUUCCAGAGGCUCUCAGCGGUGCUUUUCCGGCUGACGGUGCUGCAGGCAGGCGGUGCUGACACGGGCAACUACUCGUGCCGCGUGGAGGAGUGGCUGGCAGACCCCAAUGGCGUGUGGUACCGGCUGGCGGAGGAGGAGUCGGGGAUGGUCGCUGUUCACGUGCAGGAUGCAGGCUCCACCCUGCAGUCUGUCAUCUGCUCCAACGACGCCCUCUUCUACUUUGUAUUCUUCUACCCCUUCCCCAUCUUCGGCAUCUUGAUCAUCACCAUCCUGCUGGUGCGGUUCAAGAGCCGAAACUCCAGCAAGAACUCUGAGGGCAAGAACGGGGUCCCCUUGCUGUGGAUCAAAGAGCCUCACCUCAACUACUCUCCCACUUGCCUAGAGCCACCAGUCCUCAGCAUCCACCCAGGAACCAUAGACUAAAGAGGCAGAGGCGCCUGGGGGGACGCGCAGAGAGAGAAAGCAGAGACACACUGGGAACGCU